UUAACACACUAUUUUGAGUACAAAUAAACAUAAAAUCACCAGGUCAGACAUGUAAAAACAAAAAACUGUUGGCUGCAUCUCUACCUCAAAAUAAAGCAUUUGUAGAUAUUGUCAAAACCAAACUACCAAAAUGCAGAUUUUUUUUUUUUACAUUAUAAUGUCUCUACAAUUUCAACAAAGAAUAUUCUUCUUCAAACUUGUUAAAAAAAAAUAUUUGAGAUUAACUGAAUUGGUAAAAAAAACAACAACUGUGAUUUACAUUUUCCGAUCAUAUUUACAGCUAAAUUUUGCAACAACAUUUUUCCAGAAAAUAUCACAUUGUGCUCCAAACUGUUUCACUCAUUUCCUAUAAACACAAGCUGUAAUAUCGACAUUUUACUAGUUUUUACAAUUACAAUAUAUUUUAAUUUCUGAGUUACUUUUUACAUAAUAACUUUUCCUUCUGAGGCAGUGCGGGGCAUAAAGUAUGAUUGUAAAUAAUAUUUGCCCUGGUUUUAAAAUUAUACAUUAAUAAUAUUCAUGUAUUUAACAUCUUCAAUAUUAAAUACUAAAUAAUGACAUUUAAAAUGAUGGUUCCUGAAGUUUUGGGUAUUUUAGCUGGCCGUUUUUCUUUUUGUUUUUAACCCACCUCCACAUCAGGCGGUGGCUAAUGCUACAUAGCAACUUGUCUCAUACAGCACAAAGCUUAAUUUUAGUCAAAAGACAGAUAGUAACAACAGAAAACGUCACUUCAAAAUAUGUUUCUCUAGCUAAGUAAACGAACUAAAUAAUGCGAAAUGUUUGAGCUAGAUUUAAAAAAUGUUUAUGCUAGCUGGCUAGAUGCUAGCUUACCUUCUAGCUUACAGCGCAAACAUUAAAACGGCUAAAAUUGACUAAAAAGGCAAAUAAAAACCAAGAAAGAGUUAUUUAACGCAGUCUAUAUUUUAUAAAUUUGAAAUUAUUACCAUAAAAAACAGAUUCAGCGAAGCAGUACCAAGCUCGUUAUGCUCAGGCGCUGAGGUUAUCAGUUUUACCUUUGACCUCUGACCGACCAAUCAAAAUGGAGAGAAGUCUGGGAGCUGGCAAACAAAAAGUAUAUUUUAUUGAUCAAUUAGUUGAUUCAGGAUUUAACAAGUGAAUAUUUAUUUUCUCAACAACAUUUUGAUUUAGUUAGGUAGUGGAUGAGAAGUAGUUAAGAAAAUACAUUUAUAAUGUGAUCGUUAAAAGAUGAGGGACAAAUGAGUCUGGCAAGCUUCUCUGAUUAAGCAAUUAAAGACAAUAAGUUUAUUAAAACUAUUACAAAAAAUAUUGUAAAUUAAUAUCUAAUUUAGCUAUACCUGAUUCUGUUUAUAUCAAGCAACUGUUUUACUUCAGUAGCUUUAAAAUAAAAACAGCCAAUUAAAAAGGUUCCAACACUUUUAUUUGAUUCACGUUUGAUCAAAAACCCAACCAAUAUCCAGAGAUCUGGUAGUCCUAUAAUUUACUAUGAAAAUGAUGUUCUUACUGUUUGAAAUUGCAAAUAUUUCUGGAUUUAGCUAAGCUCCCUCUGAGUGCAACCAAGUAGCUAAUUAUUGUGGUAUAAUUGCAAAAGAGUGGACAAAAAUUAAGAUCAAGUAUAUUAGAUAAUAUAUGCAGGUGGCUUGUUAUACAGACCAAUGAAUAAAUAUGCAAUGGCUUGCCAUACUGGCAGGCGCUCUGGCAGCCGGGCGCCGCAUGUCGCCGAUCUGGGGUCAGUUUGGACUCAGGUCACACCAUGGAGCACAUGUCCUCUCCGAUCAGAUUCCGUAGCAAUAAAAAAGAAGCUACGUCUUUUUCAGAAAAGCAGUUGUCCAGUCUUUCCAUCGAAGACCAGGCAGACAUACAGUUCCCCUACGCCAUGAGGGAUCUACCUCCUGUGUCUCAUUCAGCUGAGAAGUCACAGAACCAAGACCGCUUGGAUGUAGAAGAACCUCCGACUGCAGCCAACGGGAAGCUGCCCGGGUAUCCAGGAACGCCCCCUCCAUCCCGUCCAGUUCGCCCUGCCGGUUCUCCGACCGUCCCGCCCCGGCCCAGUCACGCAGGACGGGACUCGUCACAGAUUCUCCCGUUGAAGAGGCAGCUUGUCUCUCAGGUUUCUCUGGACUCUCCUCUGAGCCCGGCCUCACGGCCGCGCAGUCCCUGGGGACAUUUUGACCCGUACGACUCUCCAGAGGAUCAGGACAAGGAGUACGUGGGUUUUGCUACGUUGCCCAGCCAGGUUCACAGAAAGACGGUGAAGAAAGGAUUCACCUUUACGCUGAUGGUGGCAGGAGAGACUGGACUCGGCAAAUCCACACUAAUAAACAGUUUGUUCCUCACUGACCUCUACAGAGACAGAAAAGUUCCCAACGCUGAGGAGCGGAUCAGUCAAACGGUCGACAUCAUCAAGCACACCAUCGGCAUCGAGGAGAAAGGGAUCAAACUGAGGCUCUCCAUCAUAGACACGCCAGGCUUCGGAGAUGCUGUCAACAACACAGCAAGCUGGAAGCACGUAGAAGACUACAUUGACCAGCAGUUCGAGCAGUAUUUCAGAGAUGAGAGCGGGCUGAACAGGAAGAACAUUCAGGACAACAGAGUCCACUGCCUGCUCUACUUCAUCUCUCCUUUUGGCCAUGGUUUAAGGCCAAUCGACGUGGAGUGCAUGAAGGCUUUGCAUGAAAAAGUCAACAUUAUUCCUUUAUUGGCCAAAGCCGAUAGCCUGACACAAGCAGAAGUCCACAGCAAGAAAUUAAAGAUGAGGGACGAGAUCAAGCAGUUUGGGAUUAACAUCUACCAGUUUCCAGAGUGCGACUCAGAUGAGGACGAAGACUUCCAAAGACAGGAACAGAUCCUCAAGGACAGCAUACCGUUUGCUGUAAUCGGGAGCAACAUCCAGGUGGACAGCAAAGGCAGAAGGUUCAGAGGUCGUUCCUAUCCCUGGGGUGUGGUAGAAGUUGAGAACCCGGUCCACUCAGACUUCCUGAUGCUGAGGAACAUGCUGGUGAGGACGCACAUGCAGGACCUGAAGGACGUGACGCGAGAGAUCCACUACGAAAACUACCGGGCACAGUGCAUCCAGAGCAUGACCCGCAUGAUGGUGCAGGAGAGGAAACGCAGUUUACGGGAGAAGCAUCGCGAAGGAAGCGAGGUGGACUUUCCUCUUCCACUCGCAGCAGUUGACACCGAGAUGGAGAGACAGAUUUUCGAGAAAGAUGAAGAACUGAGAAAGAUGCAGGAGGUGCUGGAGAGGAUUCAGGAGCAGAUGCAGCAGAGCCAGAGAGGCACCUGCUGAGCAAACAGACUCAAUCUUCUGCAAACCGGCCAUUUCGACAAGUUCAAGUGAGAGCUUUCAAAAAUAUGGACCAAAAUGUUUCAGUGCAUCUUCGCAGAGAAGGAACAACAACUGUGUGACAACUCAAGCAUUGGUUUAUGUUCAUAUCAAGAGAGCUGGUUGCAUGCUGUUCAAACAGUGUUGUGCGGUGAGUCCAAAAUCCAAUAUAGCAGCUAUAUUUUCAUUUUAACCAAAGCUUAUUAAAGCUUCUAACAAUAUAGAGGCAAAGAAUAUUUAAUAAGGCGACAUUAAAAAAAUUCUUUGGCUGACCUCCCUAUUUUCUGAUGAAGAUAUCGUAAAAAUCGUGUACGAUCUUACCUUUAUUUUAUAUUACCUAUCCUUCUCCACAAACAUCUUUCUCAUUAUGUCGUUAAACAAAAAAAGUCCUCGUUUCCAACUUUUCUUUCAUUUUUAAAAACCUGCCAGCCUUGAACGGUUCUGUUCCGUCUGUUUUCAGUCUUUUCAAUUUCGUAGAAGAAGAGCCAUGUUGCCCGUUGUGUCUGUGUGGCUCAGCACUGCCCCCUAUCAGUAAGGCACGGUACUUUCUGCUUCACCAUGCGCAUUUUCACUGCGCAUUUAUGGCCAAACAGUAAGACUAAAUAUAACACCCACGUUAAUUAAACAUAUCAAACAGACCGCAGAACGUCAAUAUUCGUAGAAAAAUAUUUAUUUAAACAAGUACACUGGCGACAUAGACAGACAUUUGUGUGGUACAGCGCCCCCAGAGGUGAGGUACAGUACUGCACUGCAUUACCUGGUCUUUCAUGUAUUUCAAAAAGAAAUGCGUAAAUCCAGCGAUUUUGACCAUAAAAAUGUUGAAAUUACCAAUAAAAAACAAUUUAUAGAAAAUUCAAGAGGACAAAUUGAUUUUCUCUCAUCAUUGUUAGCAUCUAUUUUACUUCUUAUGUCCUUUUUUAUACUUAUCAGGAUUACAGUGAGGAACCGCCUCCCCUAGCUCCGUUUUUAUUUCCUCUGGGGAAAAUUAAUGCUCUGACUCAUUAUUUGGUGCAAAACUGAUGCAGCAUGAUGCAAUGACCCAGAGGUAAACCAGUUUGCAGAGAGCUGUACUACGACUCAAGUUCAACAUAGCGGUGUUUGCUCUUCAACAAAACCUAAAACUCCUCUGAGAGAGAACAGGUAGAACAACAGUGAUGAUGGUUUCUCCUGGUUUUACUCUUUAGGAUUUCAUGCAAAAUACACAGAUGAUGUGGAUUAAUUUAAAAAUAUAAAGAUAGUUGCAGGAAAAUAUGGCUUCAGUUACAAAAAGAGUUAUCUUGCAAACAGGCGAAAACAAGCAUUUGUGAUAAAGAGUUAAACACUGUUAAUUUGUUUUGUAGUACAGCCUUGUCAUGUUGGUUUCUUCUUCUCCUGCUUUAUUUUUGUACUGUCAUUAUAUUCCUGAACUUCUUCUUCCUUAGCAUUACCCACCAUUUGUGGUCAGCGUGAUGUUGGAUUUUUAAAAUUUUUAUUACAUUGUUUUAUGUCAGUUUUUUAUGUUAAUGUUUGUUUUGUAAGGUCAGAAAAACAAUAAAAUUUUAAACCACAAAAACAAACAGACCAAUGUGUUGUAAAUGUAAUAAGAUUUAUUAAGAACCUUUAUUUUUCCAUCAGCAUAAUUCUUCAUUAAUAUGUUUUAUUCAUUUUCAUUAUGGUUAUUUUCAACAGUGGACAGUUAGAUCUAAAAGGCAGCCCAAAGUGUACAGGCAAUAUAUAACUUAAACUUUCUCCAUAGGGAAAACAUGUUUUUUAUAUUUUAUAUAUAAUAUCAAUGUAGCAUGAGGUCCAGGAUUCUGCCCACGUUAUACAGUAUUGUACAUGGUCCCGAAAAGAAACAUUAAAAGAUCAUUUUUAAAACAAAGGAACUAAACUGCAACCUACAUGCAAAACAAAACCAAAAGAAAACAAGCAUUUAAGAUGCAUACACUCAUAUGCUGAAACAUGCGUACGAUCACAAGUUACAAAACUUCCAUACGUACAAAUAUUACAAAACUCAAUUUCAGUUAUAGACAAUAUUAUUUUACCCAGAAAAGAUCAACAGGCUUUUUUUUUUUUUCCGCUCAGCAUCGCAGUCCAACUCAAAAUGAAAAGUAUUAAAACAA